AUGGCAGGCCUACUUCACCAGAAGCCCAUCUUAAGCAAGCGGGGUAUGUGGAUUCAAGGCCAGGCAGGAGGCGGACUGUUUGGCCCCGUUGAGUGUGGGCUGAUUGCAGGCACUGUGCUCACCCACCUGGGGACCUUCGACCAGCCAUUCCUCUUCCCACAGCGGCGGCAGGAGGCAGUGCCUGGACCUCAUUGCCAGGGAGAGACGGAGCCUGUGGCUGGUGCGGCUGCCGAGCAGGGCCAGGCCGGGCCCUGCCCGCAAGGACGCCCGAGUUCUUCACCGGCCCCUGAGCCUGGGAGCCCACCAGGCUCUCUUGCUGGAUCCGCCAUGACUUCAGAGCCCACGUCACCCCCAGUAGUGCCCCCACUCCACUCUCCCAAGUCUCCUGUCUGGCCCACCUUCCCUUUCCACCGGGAGGGCAGCAGGGUCUGGGAGCGGGGAGGUGUCUCAUCUCGGGACCUGCCCAGUCCUCUGCCCACCAAACGGACCAGGACAUACUCAGCGUGAGGGAGGGACUGCUUAGGGUUCCCACUAUAUGGAUUCGGAUCCGAGAGCUCAAACUCUGGGAUGGGAGGGGAGGCUGCCCCCAGCCCGUCUGGGAAGGGGACCCACUGCUGAGCUGACGCUCCUCUCCUGCCCACCAGCAUCGAGGGAGAGUACGUGCCAGUGGAAGGCGACGAAGUGACCUACAAGAUGUGCCCCAUCCCGCCCAAGAAUCAGAAGUUCCAGGCUGUGGAGGUGGUGCUCACACAAUUGGCCCCACACACUCCCCACGAGACGUGGUCUGGCCAGGUCGUGGGCUCCUAG